AUGGCAAUUGAUCAAAGAAUUGAGAGGAUAGAAGAUAUUAGGGUUGAAGUGGAGGAGAAGUUGAAUGAUACAAAAGAAGAGGUUUCUGCAGAAGAUGAGCAAAAUAGCUUCCAUGGAGAUAGUUCAAACAUGGACUCAAGUGAAAGUGAUUGCCCUAAACCUAAGAAGAAGCCUAAGAGAAUUCCACCUCCAAAUCCACCCUACAGGGCCAGGAAAAGGGGUAGAUAUUCCAUGUUGAGGGGUCUUUACAAGAACACACCUGAGACUCCUGUGAUAAUAGAUGGUGAUGAGGAAAUGGUUGAGGGUGAUGACAAGUGUCCUGCCAAGGGAAAAAAGAAGAAAGUUGAGAAAAAAGUUGAGGAGAAGUGCCCAGACAAGGGAAAAAAGAAACAAAUUGAGGAGGACUGCCCAGACAAAAGAAAGAAGAAGCAAGUUGAGGAGGAACCUGUUGCUAAGUCCAAGAGAAAGAAGUGUAAAUCUGUUGCUAAGUCCAAGGGAAAGAGGAAGGAAAAAACAGUUGAAGAUGUACAAGUUGAGGAGAAAGACCAGCCUGCCAAAGAAGAUGUACAAGAUGUGCAUGAAGAAUCUCCAGUUGAGGAGAAAGAGCAGCCUGCAAAUGAAGAAAAUGUUGAAAAUGUACAAGAUGCAGUUCAAUCUCCAGUUGAGGAGAAUUUGGAAGAGAAUUUUGAAGAGGAUUUUGAGGAGAAUUUUGAGGAGAAUUUUGAAGAUGCAAAUGCAAAUACAGAUGAAGGUGUUAAGAAGGAAGUUAAGGAUGGAUCAGAUGAAGAAUAUGACCCAGAUGAUGCUAGUGAAUCCUCACAAAGUACUUAUGACAGUGAGGUAGAGAGGAUGGCCAUAUCUUCAUGUGAUGAGCAGGGGGGCAAAAUACCCUGA